AUGAAUGGUGAGGCACGGCCAAGAGUAGUUGACCAAGAAGCUGGCUCAACUCCAUCUACUUUGAGAGAUGAAGAUCAUCCGUCCACGCAAAGAUUGUUCCGAUGUCUCCCUUUUGACAUAGAUCUCAAUCCCUUACGCACUGUCAUAGCGGAAUUGGUUGGGACAUUCAUUCUAAUGUUCAGUGUGUGUGGGGUUAUAAGCAGUACCCAACUAUCCGGUGGCCACGUCGGAUUGCUAGAGUACGCCGCCACCGCUGGAUUAUCGGUUGUGGUGGUAGUUUACUCCAUCGGACACAUCUCCGGCGCCCAUCUAAACCCUUCGAUCACCAUUGCUUUUGCCGUCUUUGGUGGAUUUCCAUGGUCUCAGGUUCCGCUAUAUAUAACGGCGCAAACGUUGGGGGCAACGGCAGCAACCUUAGUUGGGGUGUUAGUGUACGGAGUAAACGCGGACCUUAUGGCAACAAAACCUGCGUUAAGUUGGGUUUCUGCAUUUUUCGUUGAACUCAUAGCUACGAGCAUUGUCGUGUUCCUCGCCUCUGCUUUGCAUUGUGGUCCUCAUCAAAACUUGGGUAAUUUGACGGGGUUCGUCAUUGGAACAGUCAUUUCCCUUGGAGUGCUUAUUACCGGGCCGAUUUCAGGAGGAUCGAUGAACCCAGCUCGAUCACUAGGACCAGCGGUGGUGGCAUGGGAUUUUGAGGACUUAUGGAUUUACAUGACGGCUCCGGUGAUUGGAGCUAUCAUCGGAGUUUUGACAUACAGAUCAAUUAGCCUCAAAAGCAGGCCUUGCCCUUCUCCACUCUCCCCUUCCGGCUCUUCACUUCUACGUUAA